AUUUUUGUAACGGAUUUUGUAUCUCCCGAGUCGCUUCCCGAAAUCUGUACUAAAAGCUGGAAAUACGUUGAUGUGUGUGAUGACGUCAUGAGAGGAACGCGGCUCUGUAGACUAGCAAGCUAUAAUACACGCGACGCGAUCUAUGGUUACAACGAAGAAUGUCUAGGACUAAAAACACGUAUUGUAUAUGAUUUGGAGAGCUCGUCAUCCGAUGAAUUUGACGUAGAAACAUUGAUUGUGGAAUGUGAAACAGAAGAGAACGAGGCAAGAAGCAUUGCAAAUCAAAAUGACCGACACGAAAGGAAGAAUUUUGAUGAAAUUCAACCGUACAUGUAUGAGCCAGAAUGCUCCGACUCAGAAGGUGGUGAGAAUGCAAAUACCGAGCGUGAACAACAAGCGGUUGUGGAAAGAAAUCCAGAAGAGAUUCAACUUCGAACCCAGUCAUUGAAUUGGUGCCAGUGUGGACACUGCCAGAUACUUCCCACAUAUCGGGAAUGUAGAUGCUGCGCAGAAAUUACAGCCGUACAAAGACGACUAGAAGAAGGAGUAACAAUGUACAGUAUGACAGGGCUGCUUACAAUUGUAUUACAGAACACCAUGGAUUUGUUGCGGCUUGCUUGAACAUUAUAAAACUUGAAAUUGCUUGGCUCCAGUACCGGCAACAAUACAAUGCCGUACAUGAGGGUGCAGAACAUAAACGCCAUUAGCCUAUCGACAAUUGGCAAGGUGGUGUUGGGGAUACUUGGGUAGGAAUUUGAGAGUGGUGUUACCCUCAUACGAGCACAUUUCCCACCUCCUGGCUUGGAAGACGAAUUACAGUUCACUGGAUUUCUUGACUAAUUUCUUCCAAGUACAGUAUUGUAAAUAGUAACCAGACUUUAUUUUGUCUUAUAUUUUUAAUAUACAGUCAUGUUAUUUGAUCAUUAUACAGCACAAAAUAAAAUUCUGUAGCUAAUAAAGCAUAUAACCUUGUAA